AUGUCGACAAUAUCUGCUUGUUCAAAUAAGUUAGCAAAUGAACGUCAUAGUGGGAAUAUAUCGACUACACUGAUUGAAAACUUUAAUAUACAUCAUCAUGGUGUUCACAGUAAUCUUCAUCAUCAUGACAAUACUUUAUAUCCAAUGAAUCACAUGGCUACACCAAGCCCAUCUCCUUUUUCAAAUGAAAACUCAUCUGAACAACGUCGUCAAAAUACAUCGUUACCCGCACCGCAUUUAUUGUUGCAAUCGAAAUCAGAUUAUUCACGACCAUCUGUGUUAAACACACACAUAAAUAAUAAUAACAAUAAUAAUAGUAAUGGUAUUAAUCGUGCUAACAAUUCAUACUGUACAUCAAAUAGUAUAAACUAUUCAAAUAAUUCAGAGGCUGUGAAUUUGAAUCAUUGUGAUCAAACUAUGGAGAUUAAACAACCAUACAUUAAUACAACAACACCUACUACUACAAUCACUAGUACUGCUGUUAGUGUUACGAAUAAUUAUCAUAAUGGUACAAGAAAUAAUUACAUUUAUCAACGUACUAAUUUACUGAAUUCUCAAUAUGAUCAGUUGUCUGAUUCUAUAGCCUAUAAUGAUAGUAGUAAUAAUGAUAAUAAUAAUGAAUACAUGAAUUAUUCAAAUAUGCCAGAAAGUGAAUUCGGACAUUGGAAUACUAGUUCUCUUACAGAUGAUUUGAAAAUCAACUCUAGAUCAGGAUUUCGUCUCAUCUGA